AUGGCUACCGUGAACACCAUACCAUUAGAUCCUCAAUUCGUCAAGGCGUUAAAGCUACUUCAUUCGAAAAAUGAAAAUGCAAAAGAUCAACUCUUACAGCUCUAUCAGGAGGUAGUCAAUAAUGCUAAAGCCAUGGAAUCACAGAAGGACCGGAAAGUUACCGUUGCCGGAAGCAGGUAUAGCGAACAAAUGAAGAACAAGCCUAUGAUACGACCUUAUGGGGGCGCAAAAACAACAGUAGCUCCUAUCAUUGGUAGAAAACCAACUAUGCAAAGCAUUUCCAAUAAUGAUUCCAAAUCGAAGGAUAUUACUAUCCGUACUGAUGACAAAAGCAUGAAAGGAAAGAGUACAGUCCAUAUGGAUUUAACUUGGGGAUCAUCUUGUUCUGUCUGCAAAAAAGCAAACUCCAAUCCUGGUAAUCAGCUAGUCGAAUGUGAAGAAUGUCAUACCAGAUAUCAUCAGAGUUGCCAUAGUCCUCCUGUUGCUGACAAAGAUGUUAGCGAUUUAAGAGGUGUAUGGUAUUGCGUUUCCUGCUCGGAAAGGAUGAAAGAAAUGACAACUCGUCAAAUAUCCACCGAGAAUAAACAAGUACCCAAUCAAGGAUCUAGAAUCUCAAUUGCAGUCCAACGACCUUCUCACAAGGGAACAUUAAGCUUUGAAGCUAAAAUAAGCGAAUUUUUAUCAAGUCAGUCAUCCAAUAGUGGUGCUAAUAAGGGCUCUACGGGAUCGACUCUCAGUCAGAUGAGACCUACCACCACUACGAGCGCUAUUGCCAGUAGGCUAAAUUCAGCCUUAGCUACACAAGCUUCGAUCAAACCGCCUAAAAUCCAGUUACUUAAGAAACCAAAUCCAAGCAAUAAUAACUGA